UCCUCUGUUCCAGAAUGGGCCGCCGUUUGAGGAACAGUUGGGGAAAAUGGGGAAGAAGACGAAGAAACCCGGCAAAGGCAAAGAAAAAACUGAGAGAAAAACUGCGAAAGCUGAGGAAAAAAGAUCUCGCAGAGAGACCAAAAAGCUCUCUUCCGAAGACGACAUCGAUGCCAUCUUGUUGAGUAUACAGAAGGAGGAAGCCAAGAAGAAAGAAAUCCACAUUGAAGAAAAUGUCCCAGCACCGUCUCCCCGAUCGAAUUGCUCGUUGAACAUUAAUCCAUUGAAAGAGACUGAAUUGAUUCUUUAUGGGGGUGAAUUCUACAAUGGUACCAAGACAUUUGUAUAUGGUGAUCUUUAUCGGUAUGAUGUGGAAAAGCAGGAGUGGAAGCUGAUUUCAAGCCCAAAUAGUCCACCACCUCGCAGUGCACAUCAGGCAGUUGCCUGGAAGAACUAUCUUUAUAUUUUUGGUGGGGAGUUCACGUCUCCAAAUUUAAAAUGUUGCCAUUUGAAUUUGUUGUUUUAGGACUUUUGGGUGUUGGACUUGAAAACAAAUCAAUGGGAACAACUAAAUUAUAAAGGGUGUCCAAGUCCACGAUCAGGUCAUCGGAUGGUUUUAUAUAAGCACAAGAUUAUUGUUUUUGGUGGUUUCUAUGACACUCUCAGAGAAGUGAGGUAUUUCAAUGAUUUGCAUGUAUUUGACCUGGAUCAGUUUAAGUGGCAAGAGAUAAAACCCUCGCCUGGAUGUAUGUGGCCGAGUGCUCGGAGUGGUUUUCAGCUUUUUGUUCACCAAGAUGAGAUAUUUUUAUACGGUGGCUAUUCCAAAGAAGUUUCGUGUGAUAAAAAUGGCUCUGAGAAGGGAAUUGUUCAUUCAGACAUGUGGUCCCUUGACCCUAGGAGUUGGGAAUGGAACAAGGUAAAGAAAAGUGGGAUGCCGCCUGGGCCUCGUGCUGGUUUUUCUGUGUGUGUCCAUAAAAAGCGGGCUCUACUUUUUGGGGGUGUGGUGGACAUGGAAGUUGAAGGUGAUGUAAUAAUGAGUUUGUUCUUGAAUGAGCUUUAUGGAUUUCAGUUAGACAGCCGUCGCUGGUACCCGUUGGAGCUUCGGAAGGCAAAGUCAACAAAAAAUAAGUCGAAAAAGAGUUCAGACGAGAAACCUAACACUGCUGCUGUUGAUGAUAAAAUAAGUCCAAUGGAGCUGGAUAAGUGUGAAAAUGACAAAGAUGAGGAUUUGGAGUACAAUGAAGAAGUGGAUGUGGAAAGCAACAUUGAUGAUAUUUCUCUUGAUCUAGAAAGAACCAUGACUGUUGAUGAUGAGAGGGUGGCUACUACAUCUGAUGGAAAGCCUUCUGAAUCUAGUUCCAAAUAUUCUUUGCAAAGCUCUGUUUCAUCGGAGGUAGUGAAGCCAUGUGGACGUAUCAAUUCCUGCAUGGCUGUGGGAAGAGAUACUCUUUUUAUUUAUGGGGGCAUGAUGGAAGUAAAGGAUCGAGAAAUUACGCUUGAUGAUUUGUAUACACUUAAUCUCAGCAAACUUGAUGAAUGGAAGUGCAUCAUACCGGCAUCUGAAUCUGAAUGGAUAGAAGCCUCAGAGGGUGAAGAUGAGGAUGAAGACGAAGACGAAAGUGAAGAUGAACAAUCUGGUUGUGAAGAUGACAGUGAUGAGACUGAUGAUGAUGAUGAUGAUGAUGAUGAGGCUAAGAAUAGUGUUCCUGGAUCACUUGAAUUGGGAGAUGCUGUGGCUAUACUUAAGGGUGGGGGAAAAAGUGUUCGGAGGAAAGAGAAGCGGGCCAGGAUAGAGCAGAUCAGAGCCAAUCUUGGGCUCUCCGAUUCACAGAGGACACCAAUGCCUGGAGAAUCCUUGAAGGACUUCUACAAGCGCACAAAUUUGUACUGGCAAAUGGCAGCGUAUGAACACACUCAACAUACUGGGAAGGAGCUACGUAAAGAUGGUUUUGACCUUGCCGUUGCUCGAUACAAGGAGCUGAAACCAAUCCUUGAUGAGUUGGCCAUUUUAGAGGCGGAGCAGAAGGCUGAAGAGGAAGAAGGGCCUGAAAGUAGUAGUCUGAGAAAGAGAGGCAACAAGAAAAACAAACAUUUAGCAUCAAAGUAGUUUUAAGAGCUUUUUAAACGUUUGCCAUCAAUAGAGAUGUAAAGUAAUUCAGUUGGUUUAGUUGUAAUAUUAAGUUAAUAAUUAUUAUUUAAAUGGAUAAACACAAACACAAAGAAGUGCACACGCUCGCAUACACGCGCGCUCACAAACACUCGAAUGCUUCACUUUUUCGUUUCUUUUUCUGAGCCAUUGCUGUGCUUUAAACUCUCCAGCCAAUUUGCUCGUUCUGAUUUUGUUUAAAAUUUGAAUUUAGGUCUUUUUCUGUUUUUGUUUUUGUGAAGUAUAAGAACAUCAAAUAUUCCUGAUUG